CCGAUCAACAUGAAGUUUGUAAUCCUUGCCUGUGUUGCCGCCGUGGCCCUCGCCGCCCCCCAGUACAGCUCAAGCGAAGAGGUUGUGCCAAUCCUUAAGUACGACCGUGUCCAAGAGGACGACGGAAGAUACAGCUUCGACUUUGAAACUGGCAACGGUAUCCGCGUUUCCCAGGCUGGAUCCCCCGACGGUGAUGAGGACUCAGUGAUCAAGGCCGGAGAAUACUCUUACACCGCUCCCGACGGCACCCUCGUUGUCGUCAAGUUCGUGGCUGAUGAGAACGGCUACCAGCCCCAAUCCGACCUCCUGCCCGUGGCCCCCGCUUUCCCCCACCCGAUCCCUCAGUUCGUCCUCGACCAGAUCGCCUUCGCCGCCGAGGAGGACGCUGCCCGCGCCCGCGACGAUUCCGAUGAACGUUACAAUUAAAAGAGAUAAAGCUACUAUCCGAAGCUGAGUAAUUUAUUGUGCGAGAAUGUGAUUAAAUCAGAUCUAUAUGCAAAAGAAAAAA